CCGCGAUUCCUGAGAGCGAGUUGGUGACGUGAACCCAUGGCGACUCGGCGGCGGGAGACUAGAGGCGGCCCGGCAAGAGCUUCUGUAACGUUAAAUGAAACCAAGAGAGUUAAUAAUGGCAACACAGUUCCAGAAGACUCUCCACCUGCCAAGAAAACUCCCAGAUGCCAGAGACAGAAGAAAAAAGAGCCUGUGGCUGGAGGAAAGGCUGGUAAGGACAGGAAAGAAGACGAGAAAGAAUCUGUGAAGGCCUUGCUGUUAAAGGGCAAAGCUCCCGUGGACCCAGAGUGUACAGCCAAGGUGGGGAAGGCUCAUGUGUAUUGUGAAGGGAAUGAGGUCUAUGAUGUCAUGCUAAAUCAGACCAAUCUCCAAUUCAACAACAACAAGUACUAUCUGAUUCAGCUGUUAGAAGAUGAUGCCCAGAGGAACUUCAGUGUUUGGAUGAGAUGGGGACGAGUUGGGAAAAUGGGACAGCACAGCUUGGUGGCUUGUUCAGACAAUCUCAACAAGGCCAAGGAAAUCUUUCAGAAGAAAUUCCUUGACAAAACAAAAAACAAUUGGGAGGAUCGUGAGAAGUUUGAAAAGGUGCCUGGAAAAUAUGAUAUGCUACAGAUGGACUAUACCAUCAAUACUCAGAGUGAAGAGGAAACAAAAAAGGAGGAAUCUCUUAAUAAAUCUCCCUUGAGACUAGAGUCACAGCUAGAUCUUCGGGUACAGGAGCUGAUAAAAUUGAUCUGUAAUGUGCAGGCCAUGGAAGAGAUGAUGAUAGAAAUGAAGUAUGAUACCAAAAAAGUCCCACUUGGGAAGCUGACAGUGGCUCAGAUCAAGGCAGGUUACCAGUCUCUUAAGAAGAUUGAGGAUUGCAUUCGAGCUGGCCAGCAUGGACGAGCUCUCACAGAAGCAUGCAAUGAAUUCUACACCAGGAUCCCACAUGACUUUGGACUCCGUACCCCUCCAUUAAUCCGGACAGAGAGAGAACUGUCAGACAAAGUACAACUACUAGAGGCUUUGGGAGACAUUGAAAUUGCUAUUAAGCUGGUGAAGACAGAGCUACAAAGCCCAGAACACCCACUGGACCAACACUAUAAAAACCUACAUUGUGCCUUGCGCCCUCUAGACCAUGAAAGUUAUGAGUUCAAAGUGAUUUCCCAGUACUUACAGUCUACCCACGCUCCCACACACACUGACUAUACCAUGACCUUGCUGGAUGUUUUUGAAGUGGAGAAGGAGGGUGAGAAAGAAGCCUUCAGAGAGGAACUUCAUAACAGGAUGCUGCUAUGGCAUGGUUCCAGGCUCAGUAACUGGGUGGGAAUCCUGAGCCAUGGGCUUCGAGUUGCCCCACCUGAGGCUCCCAUCACAGGUUACAUGUUUGGAAAAGGAAUCUACUUUGCUGACAUGUCUUCCAAGAGUGCCAAUUACUGCUUUGCCUCUCGCCUAAAGAAUAUAGGACUACUGCUCUUAUCAGAGGUAGCUCUAGGUCAGUGUAAUGAGCUACUAGAGGCCAAUCCUAAGGCAGAAGAAUUACUUCAGAGCAAACACAGCACCAAGGGGCUGGGCAAGAUGGCUCCCAGUCCUGUCUGCUUCGUUACCUUGAAUGGGAGUACAGUGCCCUUAGGACCAGCACGUGACACAGGAGUUCUGAAUCCAAAGGGGUAUACUCUCAACUACAAUGAGUUUGUCAUCUAUAACCCCAACCAGGUCCGUAUGCGAUACCUUCUAAAGGUUCAGUUUAAUUUUCUGCAGCUGUGGUGAAGAUUGAUAUUAAAUCAAUCAGAGAAUAUAUAAUCUUCAAGCAAGAAAAUAAGUAAUAUUGUACUUUUGAAUUUUUUGAUAUUUUAUGUAAUAAAAAUGAUACAAACUGGCUGAUA